CUACAGCUGGGAGGAAAAGAUGUUUGGCUUUCACAAACCGAAGAUGUAUCGGAGUAUAGAGGGCUGCUGUAUUUGCAGAGCUAAGUCUUCCAGUUCUCGUUUCACUGACAGCAAACGUUAUGAAAAGGAUUUCCAAAAUUGUUUUGGGCUACAUGAGGCCCGCUCAGGAGAUAUUUGCAAUGCCUGUGUCCUUUUGGUGAAAAGAUGGAAAAAAUUGCCAGCAGGAUCCAAAAAGAACUGGAAUCACGUGGUAGAUGCCAGGGCUGGACCCAGUCUUAAAACAACAUUGAAACCAAAGAAAAUGAAAACUCUGUCUGGAAGCAGAAUAAAGAGCAAUCAAAUCAGCAAACUGCAAAAGGAAUUCAAGCGGCACAAUUCUGAUGCCCACAGCACCACUUCGAGUGCCUCCCCAGCUCAGUCGCCUUGUUACAGUAACCAGUCUGACGAAGGCUCUGACACAGAGAUGAGCGCUGGGUCCAGCAGAACACCAGUUUUCUCCUUUUUAGAUCUCACGUAUUGGAAAAGGCAAAAGGUCUGCUGUGGAAUUAUUUACAAAGGGCGUUUUGGGGAAGUCCUCAUAGACACUCAUCUCUUCAAACCUUGCUGUAGCAACAAAAAGUCUGCCACUGAAAAGCCAGAACAAGAAGGACCACAAUCUCCAGCAAUCUCCACUCAAGAGGAGUGGUGACUUCCUUGAAUAGCUGCAGAAGGUUAUACAGAUCCUCUUAUUCUCUGGAAAAAUACUAGAAAAGUGACUGUUCACUUUGGACACCUGCUAUGCUGCCAAAAGACUAUUCCCUAGAACUGUUUUGGGUUUUACUGCUACAAUUCCACAAACUCUGAAGCCAGUUUGUAUCCUCUCAGAAAGACUGUACAUAAUAUUUAAGAUGCUAUGGAACACUUAAGCAAAGCUGAAUGCUGCUGCAGGGUUUUCUAAUCUUCCCCUCUCUCCCCCCCACCACUCGCUUCACAAGUGAAUAUGAGGAUGGGGUUUUGUAUAUUAAAGUAUAUGUAGUUUUUGUUUCUGUAUUGAAAGAAGCAGUGGUUGUAAGGCUUUUUUUUUUUUUUAAAGUUGGUUGGUAACCUCCCCUUAAAUCCCCAAGAAAAUAUUUCAUUCUUAGACACGUAUGAGUCAAUAAGAUUAACUAAUACAUAGAAAUGUUAUAAGUCACCUCUCUAGUUAUAUAAAUAUAUAUCUAUUUUUAAAGGUGUGGAGAUCUCACCCUAUACUACUGACGUAACAAAGACAAAUGUUUCAUCCCUCCUACGUGACACAGACUGGUAAACUGCAGACGCCUCUACAAGUGGUAGUUAUCCGAGAAGGCCCCCAA